GGUACUAUUGAGUAAGUUUUGAAAAUAGAGAAAGGCAGAGCAAGACAAAAGAAAUAAAGAAUGCCAAAUUAUUAGUCGAUAAGGUUCAAAAGUUUGGAUUGCUUUUCUAUCAAACUUACGUAGUAGGUAUGACAGUUGUGACAGUAAUAGUUAUGCCAUUAGACACAAUAGCGGUUGUUGUUGUAAUAUCUGUAGAGAUGGUAGUACUUGUCGUACGGUACCUUACUGAUGAACUGAGUGAUGUUGGAGGCUGUGUUGAACUCAUUAUCGGAUCAGAUGAUAUUGGGCUACUACUCAUGGUCAUGGUAGAUAUUGGAGUGGGAGUUGGAGUUGGAGUUGGAGUAGGAGCAGGAGUGGGAGUUGGGGUUGUAGAUAGUGGGGUAGUUGUCAAAGAGAUUGUAUCCGAAGUUUUCGAAAAAGAUAUCGUGGAGGAAAUAGCUGUUAUACUUGGUUCAUUGGAGGUUGUAGUCGUUGUUGGUAUUAUUGUUGAAGAAGGUAAUACAUCUGACGAAAGGCUAGUUGAUGGCUGGGCCUGUUCGGAAGUAGAGGAUAGAAAAGUAGAUGAGAUAGGUAUUUCUGAUGUGAGAGAAGAGGAAGCAACUGUUAUCGAUGAAGAAAUAGUAGGGGUUGGCUCAGAGAAUGUACUACUGCUACUACUGCUGUUGCUAACACUAGAGCUACUGUUACUACUCGUUGAUGUGGGAGUAAAAGAAGAAGUGGGCAUAACAGAUUCCGAAUCCGUUGAUGAGGGCGCAGGUGAGUUUGAAGAUGAAGUUGCAGUAAUAGUUCCAGCAGUAGUAGAAAUAGUAGAUUCGCUGGCGUCGGGUGUUGUGGAAGAAGUAGUGAUUGGGUCAAGAGAGGAGGAAGAGGGAGUAGAACGACUUACGUUAUCUGUUGUUGAAGAGACAAUAGUGGAUGGUGUAUUUGAUUGUUCCGUUAUGAGAAUUGAUUCUGAUGUCGUUGGCACUUGCUCUGUAGCACUUGUUGCAGACAUGGUAUUACUUGUUGUAGGUAAUAGACUAUCAAUCGUAGAUGAGGCUGUAGUAGCAGUAGUAGGUGAAGGUGUAGGAGAAAAGGAAGACGGUUCUGUUCCUGUCAAACUUGUUGCAGAAGCCGGAACGCUGCAGACAAAAAGCAGAAAAAAGGAAUAAAGGGAAAAUUAGUUAUU